AGCCCAGCGCAUGCUCCGCAGAGCGGCGGGUCCACAGAUGAGGGGAGUCGAGUCUCCUGCGCCCCUCCACCCCUGCCGGAGUUGCUGCAAAGGCGCUUGUUCCGAGCCCCGGCUUCCAAUAAAGUUCGUUAAAAAAAAAGUCAUAGUCAUUCUUAAGAGAGCGAAGGAGGGCGCGAGCCAGCCGGGCGGCCCCGCCGGGGUUGCUGGCGCCCUGGGAGGAGGAGGAGGAGGCGGUGGCGGCGGCGGCGGCAGCGGUUGCGCCGCGACCAGGAGGAGCCGGUCGCGCCGGGCGGCGGGUCCGCGGCGGGCGGGGGACGAUUGAGAAGAUCUGAUCACCUGGAAUUAAAGUUGGCUCAGAAACCUUUUCAACUGCAAAAAUGUUGGAGGAAGAUAUGGAAGUGGCCAUCAAGAUGGUGGUUGUAGGGAAUGGAGCAGUUGGAAAAUCAAGUAUGAUUCAGCGAUAUUGCAAAGGCAUUUUUACAAAAGACUACAAGAAAACCAUUGGAGUUGAUUUUUUGGAGCGACAAAUCCAAGUCAAUGAUGAAGAUGUCAGAUUAAUGUUGUGGGAUACAGCAGGUCAAGAGGAAUUUGAUGCAAUAACAAAAGCCUACUAUCGAGGAGCCCAGGCUUGUGUGCUUGUAUUUUCUACCACAGACAGGGAAUCUUUUGAAGCAAUUUCCAGUUGGAGAGAGAAAGUAGUAGCUGAAGUUGGAGAUAUACCAACUGUGCUUGUGCAAAACAAGAUUGACCUCUUGGAUGAUUCUUGUAUAAAGAAUGAAGAAGCUGAGGCACUGGCAAAAAAGUUAAAGCUAAGAUUCUACAGAACGUCAGUGAAAGAAGAUCUAAAUGUGACUGAAGUUUUUAAAUAUUUGGCUGAAAAAUACCUUCAAAAACUCAAACAGCAAAUAGCUGAGGAUCCAGAAUUAAUGCAUUCAAGUAGUAACAAAAUUGGUGUCUUUAAUACAUCUACUGGAAGUCACUCGGGUCAGAAUUCAGGUACCCUUAAUGGUGGAGAUGUCAUCAAUCUUAGACCCAACAAACAGAGGACCAAGAAAAACAGAAAUCCUUUUAGCAGCUGUAGCAUACCCUAAAACACUUUAGGGAGGAAAAAAAGUUGAAUUAUAUUGUGCAAUUCAGUAAGAAACACAUCCAGCUGUCAUGGUAUGUUACAAGAUUUUUAUUUUUUAGCAGACUUUGCACCUAAUGGCUCUGUGAAAGUUGACAGACUUAAAAUAUUGUUCUGCAGUGCUUUUCAGAUGGAGCGAGAUCUUUGGUGGAAAAAUUACUGCCUUGUGGACUCAUUUUAAUUCUUUUACAUCAGACGAAGCUUCUCCUGUUUUUGAAGGAAUGCUAUAAGAAAUGUCCCAAACAGGUUUUGCUGAAUUUUAAGUGCUGGAAAACAUAAGUGGAAUGCCUGAAUGUAUUGGUACAGAUUUAAUAUUUGUCCAGGAAAGAUAGCAGGCAUUGUAUUUCCGAAAUUGGUUAUACAGCUUUUCUGGAAAGGGGUAUUGGAGUCAAAUACAUACAAAAAAAUAAUAUUGAAAGGUAAACCCUAAGUCUUGCCAGACUGCAUGAGUUUGUAUUUUGGCAAUGUUAAUUGUGCAAUAUCUGUAUGGUGUGGAAUGUGGAGGUCUGCAUGCAGAUAUCUGGUACUGAAGUAUACUGAAGGGAUAUUCAGUAUUUAAGGAAACCUAGAAUCUAAUUCGUUAAUUCAUACAAUCAUUUACACAUGUGUGUAUGUUGAAAGCUUUUAUUUUCAAAUAAGAAAUUCCAGAUAUAUAUUUUGCAAAAUGAGCUCAGAUUUUAAAAGUGCUUUGUGCCAAAAAUAUCAUACCUAAUUUUUACAGUGCUUUACUAUCAGAAUUUAUAUUGUUUAUAUCUUUAAAAAGCAGUUUUCCUUUCUGACAGGGUAGAUAAAAGAGGAGUAUAAAUGUUUGAAUGCUUAGAGUAUCUCCCAGGUGAGACAUGUUGCAAACUUUUUCCUGUGUGCACCCAUGAGCAGUGGGGAGCUUGUGCUGGCCGCGCCCUUCUGAAGGUCAAGUGCCCCCUUGGUCAUUCCCAGGGCCUGUGAAGUAUGCUGGUGCACCUUUUGCUGCUGACUGAAAAUGCAGUUUGGAACUUAUAAGAUUAUGCUAACAAUUUUUUUUAAAUGAAGAAGGGAAGUUCUUUUGUCUUAAUCUGCAUUACGGAUUUUAUAAUGCCCUGCAACUCGAAAGCAUCUUUUCAUUUACACAUUUUUGUAUGGUAUUUUAAGAUUAUCACUUAAAAAUUUCUAUAACUUCAGUUUGUAUAGCCCCUUCUCAAGAGUUCUGUCAGUACCGAAUACAAAAUAAUUUCUUUUGAGAACUGAUUCUCAUAGGUCAUCAUGCGGCAGAGCAUACAUUUUUUGACUUGGGACAGUAGCUUUCCAACUAAGAUACUUGCAUGAACUCUGCUAAUAAGUGAUUAUCAUUCAUCAGUGACUUUGUUUUUAACCCCUUGUGAUAUAUCUGGUUUUUAUAGGAUUUCAAGACAUGUAAAAAUAACUUUUCUUAGAAAAUGUGUCAUGAAAGUCGUUUUUCAUUAUUUGUACUAAAUGCAUAAUGUUGUAUGUAUUUUCCUCCGUCUGUUUCUCUGUCUCUCUCUUUUUAAGUCUUCCAUCUGUACCAUCCGCAUCCCUCUGUCCAGGUGAAUGUUGAGAAGAUAAUAGAAUUUCCUGGUGCAUGUCCUUGCUAAAUGGUUAAGAAUGAAUAUUUGCUCUUCAUAAUAUUGAAAUAAUCUGGCAUUAUCUACUUUAAAGUAAUAUAAAAUGUUAAUUUUUAUGUCAUCGUUGUCUCCACUCCCAUUGCUGGCAGUGGGAUAGGUGUUGGGGGGAUAUAACUCCAUUCCUAACAAUGGGUACCUGGUAAUGAUUCCUCUUUCCUGUUCUACUCUGUUCAAAUACAGUUUCUUUAACUUUUGCACAAAACAUUUUUUGUGGUAAAUCAUUUUGUGGUCUUUAGUAGCCCCCCCAAGAAAAUAAUGUAAUAUGUUGUAGUUCUGUUUCAUAUUAAUUAAAUGUGUGUGGGGAAAAGAUUGUUACUUUUCUAUAUGAAAAAGAUAAUCACUGUUGAUGGUAGAAGUUUCCUGAUAUUUGUAAUAUAAUUGUAUGUAUUUAGUUUUGUCCUUUUUUCUUUUUAUAGGAACUGAAGAGAGAUCUUUUUUUACACAUUUGAAUUUUUAUUUGCACUUGUGUAUUUUAAACCUAACCAUAAUUGGUCAUUUUACAUAACUAAGUAGGUCUGAAAAUCAGUCACAAGUUAUAUAUUAAAUAUUUUCUCAAUUCUAAAACCUUCAACAUUCACAUUAAAUUGCCUCCCAGAUCCUUAAUUCUAUUAAAUGACCUUACUGUUAGUUUGUAAUAAAUAAUGGAUACUAAAGAAAA